AUGAUGCCAAACCGGAACGGCUCUCCCAGCAUGAACUCAAAUUCGAUGAAGUCCAGUGGCAUGAUGAAUCAGAAAAUGCCCUCCUCAAACUACAUGCAGCAGAAUCUCCUCAACGAUCCCAAGGGAAAACACUUGUUCGAAAAGGAGCCCAUAAAGAAAAAGGUGCAGUACAACCCCCUGUUCGAUUAG